AUGACUGAUGGGCUGGGUAAGGCUCUGGACGGACCCACCGAGGAGAAGAGGAAGAAGAUGAUGAGAAAGCAGAAGAAGAAGAAAAAGAGGAGCAGGGAUGAGCCUUACAAGGCAAAGAAGGUCACAUUGGAUGUGAGCUACGAAAGCGAGUCCAGCUCUGAUUCAGACUCCGAGGAAGAGCAGGGCAAGGAGAAGGCGAGUGAGGAUGAGAAGGAAGACGUCGCCAUACCCGACGCCCUGUUCAAGACACCUAAAACCGCGCAGCAAGAGAUGCGCCCUAGACCGCGCCGAGCUCUCUGA